AUGGUUGCAGACCUUAUGGAGGUUGAUUCUCAUGCUGAGAUGGGUCAAGAAGAUGUAAAGUAUGCGGAAGAGAGAAAUGUUAAUGAAAUUGUGGCAGUAUUAAGGGAAGUGGCCAAGACGAGUUUAACAUUGGAUCCCUAUUUCGUUUGGAAGGGGUUGAAGGAACUAGGUAAUUUGAGGGCACAUCAUUUGAAUGAGGAGACUUUAUUGGCUUUAAUCAAUUUGUUGUAUCCAGAUUCAUCAGUCUUCAAAAUGUCGUUGUUGAAAGCGGUCAAUGGGGAGAGAAAGUGUAGUGUGCCCAAUGCACAGGAGAUUAGAGCUGGGUAUCCUGCUUCUUUUUAUGAGGUUGUGAGUGAUAAAACUAUUGAAGUUGCACCAGAGAUUAACAGCUUCAUUCAUUUAUUGGUGGUUCGUUAUCUAUUUGAUGCAAAGAAAUUGCAAGAGCUAGAGGCUUUUAAUAAAAAGGUUAUUCUUCCCAAGGUGCUAGCUUUUUAUAACCAGCGGUCUACUGAUCUGAUCAGUGCGAAAUUGUGGUUUUACGUGGUAUUAUGUGAUGAAGCUAGGAGAGAGAGGGCUAACUUGGAAACCCGCUCAACAAUGAUUAAAUCGUUGAAAAUUGCAUCCCUAAGACAUAACAGCGAGACGAAAGCGAUGCUAAUAACUCUAUUGUUGAGAAGUUUCUUAGCUACUGGUGAAGUUGAAACAGCGGCUGAUUUUAUGGCAAAGGUCGAAUUUCCCAAUAGCGCAGAUGUUUCAAGUCCUCUGGAGGCAAGGUUCUACUAUUACUUAUCAAAGAUUAAUGCCAUCCAGUUGGACUACUCGACUGCGAAUGAAUACAUUAUAGCUGCGAUUAGGAAGGCUCCAAAUACACCUAACAGUCUGGGAUUCUUACAACAGGCCAACAAGCUACACUGUGUUAUCGAACUACUCAUGGGUGAUAUCCCUGAGCUUUCUUUCUUCCACCAGGCUGGUAUGCAAAGAUCUCUUGAGCCAUACUACGAUCUGAGUAAGGCGGUUAAACUUGGUGAUCUAAAAAAGUUCACCUCCGCCAUAGCGAAAUACAAGCCUCAAUUGAUUAAGGACGGCAAUUACCAGCUUUAUGUCAGGUUGAGAUCCAACGUCAUCAAGACAGGUAUCCGUAUCAUCUCCUUGACAUACAAGAAGAUCUCGCUUAGGGACAUUUGUCUGAAACUACGUCUGGACUCCGAACAAACUGGUGAAUAUAUGGUUUCAAGGGCCAUCAGAGAUGGUGUCAUCGAAGCAAAGAUAAAUCACGAGCAAGGAUACAUUGAGACGAGCGAAUUGUUGAACGUUUAUGACACGAAGGAGCCACAGGAUGUGUUUGAUGAGAGAAUUCAAUUUGUCAACCAACUUCACGAUGAAAGCGUGGUUGCUAUGAGGUACCCUGAGGACAACAAGGGCAAGAACAACACAAACGAAGAGGACGACUUCAUCGAUGGCGAGCUGCUCGAUGAUUUGUCAGACUUUUCCGACAUCGACGGUCUAGGUUUCCUCUAG